AACCGUAAGGUAGGCCAACAGUGUAACUGUGGAAAUAACACUUGCGAACCACCGUCUGGUACAGUGGAGGUCUACACAAUCAACUACAACCCCUCUCGAACUCGUUCUUUGUGAGUUACCCGAAGAAAGUCACAAAUCUCAUCAUUCAAAGAAAUAAAGCUUUCGAAGUUCGGAUCCUAUCUCUUUGAAAGUUAUUGGGUGAUAAGAUAUAAAACAUGCCACCCCCUGUUGAGCAAGAUGGCGACAAGAAGCAGCCUCGACCUUUCACAAAGCCCACUCGAGGCGGCUUGGUCUCGGCUGAAUCCCCUUACACUGAACAGUCAUAUAAAUCACCGUAUGUGCCCUCUAACAAUGGUCCUUCGGUCAGGGAUUCUGUACCAGCUCGAGAAAGAUUUGAAACUUCAUCGUCUCUUCCCAAUGGACAGCAGCCAGCGGCUCGUGGACCUUUCGGUGGAGUUGAACCAGCAUUCGAUGUUACAAUAAACUCGGCUCUUCACUCACCAAAGCUACAAUCAAAACAGUUCCCGGUAUACCAAUCAGCUGGACCGCCAUCUCAACGCCCCUCGGCGCCUUUAGUUCCGUAUCAGGUUCAAAGGUCGCCUCAGUUCCAGGCACAGAGAUCAGCCCAGUCUGCACUAAGCUCCUUUUCUCAGCACCGCCAACCUGGACCAUCAUAUCCAACUCAACGACCUGCCCCAUCGACUGUAAGUGGUCAUGGUCACGAUUUUCCUCAGCCACAAAUCCAACAUCAAUAUUAUGAGCCCCAACCUCAAAUGGUUCCAUUCAACUCUCCAGUCCAACAGUUCGCUAGGUCUCACUCUUCGCCUCAUUUCCAGAGUCAAUCUCACCGGGCUUCACACAUUCCGGGACAAAAGCCCUAUUAUUCAAGUCAUAUGGAAGUUGCAACCCCGAAUUAUUCUCACACCCAACAACAAGCUUCCUCCCAGCCCAUACUUUACAGCGCAGAAUCAUCUGUCUAUCCUGCAUCUUCUCCGUCUCCAACUCCUUCCACAGGGGGGCCCUCACGACGAGGCCGCCCGCCAGGAAGUGGAAAAGCUAUCAAGCCAUCUAAGUUAGCCAUAGAGGUACACUCCUCGCCUGUUUCGAAGCGCCGAGGCCGACCUACUCGCAACGCAGCAGAGAAUCCACCCGUCGAUUCCAUGUCCAAAUCAGAAGGCUCGAGUCUCAAAAGACGCGGUCGACCUUUCAAAAGCGCAGAAACUGCGGCGAAAGCCAAAGCCAAAUCUAACGGAGAAUCUGUUGCAAGACGACGAGGACGACCCAUGAAAUCUUCUGAUCAGGUUGACAUUCCAAUUCCGAUGGCUGAGUACGUACCAUUUCUCUGUGAAUGGAGAGGUUGCAAGGCCGAGUUACACAAUUUGGAAACUCUAAAGCGGCAUAUUCAUGCAAUUCAUGGAAGCAAAAAUGUGGAGGGCGUACGGUUUUGUGCCUGGGCGAAGUGUGGUAUUGACGCUAAGGGAGAAGUUGGUGUCGAUUCAGAGCCACCGAUAAUGGGAGGUAGGGAAAUUGCGUUCAAGUCGAGAAAGGAGUGGAAGAAUCAUAUUGAGAAAAGUCACUUGAUUCCCUUCUCAUGGCACAUGGGAGAUGGCCCGAAGGCGACUGUUCUGGAUAUCAAGCCUCCCCCAACAGUCGACCCCUGGCUCCUCGAUAAACAUGGCAAACAAGUAACUCCAUCAGUCGAGAACCUAACUAUCGAAUCCGGCGUAGCAAAGAUAAACAACCAAAAGCGGUGGGCAAAAGAGAAGAGAAAGCUCGAGCUAGCUAUGGAAUCCGAGUCGACUGGCACAUAUAUGAAGACCGAGGCCCAGAUCGUACAAGAAGAGGAAAUGACUGGAACGGGGAGUGGCGAGGGUGAAGCAGAAUUAGAGGUGGGGAUCAGUACCGGAGAUGAUAUUGAGGAAGAGGACGCUGUAAAUAGAGGUGACGAACAAGAUAUGGGCUUAGGAAACGAAGAAAGGGGACAAGAUACGGUUGGCGUAGAGGGCGAGGAAGAUGAUACCGGGUCCGACGAGAUGCUUCUUGAUCAGGACUAAGGGCGGCGUUAUUUGAUUUCAUAGCAUAGCGGGGUAUUACACAGCAUAGCAUUUUGAGGUUCACGUACGGUG